CCGGUUACAAAAAUAAUGCCGCCACGACAAAGAGCGCUGCUUUUAUAUUUAUUAUUUAUUCGUUUUUCUUAACUCAAUGUGUCGUAAGACAUAUACAUACGGGCCAAAAAAAAUCGUGCAUUUUGUUUGCAAUUUUUGCACCAGAGAGGUUUCCACGGAGAAAGCCGCGUCCGUGUGCCCGUGGGCUGUUUCGUUCGUGGGUCGGAGCCGCGGCCCGCCCCGCCCAUGACGGAGCUGCACGUCCUGACGCUUUUCCACGUCGCAGUUGUGUCUCACCAGGCGAACCCGCUGCGCGUGUGUGUGUGUGUGUAUGCGUGUCUCCAGCUAGGCCAGAGAGUGAUGGCGGCGCCCGUCCUGAGAGUGUCCACCCCUCGGUGGGAAAGAAUAGCUCGGCUUCUCGUGUGCCUGCUGGGCAUACUGCUGUCCCUCUAUGCCUUUCACGUGGAGAGGGAAAAGGCGCGGGAGCCCGGUUAUGUGGCGAUGUGCGAUGUCAGCAGCUCCAUCAGCUGCUCCAAAGUGUUCAGCUCAAGGUGGGGUCGAGGAUUCGGACUCUUGGGCUCAAUUUUUGGAAAUGACAGCGCACUGAACCAACCCAACAGUGUCUACGGGAUUGUCUUUUAUGCCUUUCAGCUCCUUCUAGGAAUGACUGUCAGUGCAAUGGCCGCCCUUAUUCUCAUGACGACGUCCAUCUUGUCGGUGGUGGGUUCCCUCUACCUGGGCUACAUCCUCUACUUUGUCCUAAAGGACUUCUGCAUCAUCUGCAUCACCACAUAUGCGCUGAACUUCAUUCUCUUUAUUCUCAACUACAAGCGACUGGUUUACUUGAACGAGGCCUGGAAGCAGCAGCUCCAGGCUAAGCAGGACUAAGAUGCCAAGAGACGGCAAGAGAAAUACGACAAACAAACAAACAAACAAAAAAGAAAUGUGACCUCUGAACAUUUGACUUGCCACCAGGAGACCUUGCUUCCAAACAAUGUUUAUUCUGCUGUGUGUUCAAAAAAAAUGAAGAAAUUUAACUUAAAUGUUGGGCCUGACAUCUCAGUGUUGAAUGCAAACACGGAAGGAUUUGUAAGUGAAAGUGGAUUUUUUCUUUUAAUUUCUUUCUCCUCGUUUAACAUUGUACUCACUUAAGAACGGGGCUGGUUGUGUGGUGCGUGCAUGUGUGUGUGUGUGUGUGUGUAUGAAUGAAUGAAUGUAAGUAUGUAUGCAUCUGUGAGUGUGUGUGUGAGUGUGUGUGUGUGUAGGUGAUGGGCGGGGGGGGGGCACAACAAUCCAAGCAAGCAGAGGCAGACGGUCACAAUACACAACGAAGGAGGACAGCUUUCAUUUGAACAAAAAGGAUCGCUGAAUGGAAGAAAAAGCAGGACAUUAAAGCGGUUUACUUGAAAUGGUUAGAAGGCUCCUAUUACUGCACAGCGCAUCUGCACUAAAAGUUGGAGCCAAUUAAUGGGUCCCAAAAUUUGAAAAAAAAAACACUCAUUAGGUUCUCCUAAAAGUUCGCUGACACGGUUCUAUGGCAGAGCACGCAGAGGGCAACAAAAUGAAUGGUUGUUUUUUUUUUUUUUUUUUUUUUUUUCAUGUUUACACUUCGUUGGGGCGUUUCUUUUUUGAAGAGGACCACUAAAAUAAACACGAGACAAUGUGAGAUUUUGUGUGUAGAUCAGUCAGAUUGUUCGUUUUGCAAUUGUGUAAAUAGCUGCUGAGCAAUAUUCCAGGCUAGAUUGUGAUUUAGUGUCGAACACGAACCUCUUACGGAAAAAUCCAACACAACCGACAAAACAAAAGCAUCUGGAAUAAGAAGUUAAUCGAGGUCACGGUUGGGCGGACGAGUCUCGAGACGCUCUGGGGAUGUCUCCUGUCCCGUGCUCCUGGUCAGGCAUGCGGUUCGGGCUCGAGUUAACUUCUCUGUUGUAUACGUGGUUGUUUCAUCGAAAGCCACAGACACAAGUCUUUUAAACAGAACCGCCGGUUCUUUUCACCAAAUUUGCAUAAAGUCACCCUCACACUUUAUUUUUGUGUGUGUGAAAAGCAUUCCUGACCACCACACAGGUGGGAUCCAUAAAGACUUAUGUGCCUAAAGGAGUGUUAAGGUGAUGAAUUACCUUUCUUUCUUUUUUUUUUUUUGGGAGGGGGGGGGGGGUUGAGUAACGUCACAAUAACACCAGUUUUUUUUUUCCUCAUUGUUUCACUGUCACAGGUCCAAGGCUUUAUUUUUAUGAUCAUACUUUUGUAAAUUAAGAUACCACUGAAGUGUUUCUCCCUCCCUAACAAGAGUCUCAUGAGGUAGCAAAAGGCUGCUACACUGUGAUUGUCCGCUCACGGGUCGAGUGGUCUGGUGGCAGAGGCGUCUCUCAUGUCAUCGUUUCGGUUAAUGUUCGUCCGGCUUUCGUGUGCAUUUGAUGUCAACUGAACAGUAACGGUGAUCUUGUCAAGCUGAGUUACAGUUCAUUUGCAGGACGUGAUCAAAACUGUGAUGCUUUGCUGACGUGAAAGGUGGAAGCGUAACAACAUUCUGUAAGAAACUAAACAGUGUGUUAAGCCAUAUGUGGAGUUUGUGGGUUUUUUUUUUUUUUUUUGCUCCAGUAGUUUCAAGAGGUCGCUGAUGGUUUUCUGACACACCAAGUGGUCGCUCCGACACGACACAAGUGCUGAGCGGGGUCAUCCUCUCUUUUCCAUCCACAAUCCAAUGAUUAAAGUCUCCUACUUGUCAGAUGCAUGGUACACUAUCUUCCUGGCUUUAAGCGUAUGUUGGCCAUUGGACAAUCUUACACACGUAGUCAAACAUCCACACCGGUCGUAGUAAUAACUGUAAUGUCGUGAUUCAUCUGUGGUGAUAAACCGGCCUGUUAAUAGUUUCCCAUCACUGCUAGUCUGUGUGCCCCCUCACAUUUUAGUGGAAGUCUUGAGGUGAAGGUUGUUUAAGUAUUGAUGAUCGCAACGUAAUCUCAGUGAUGUGCUUCUGGUGGUCAAUAAUGAUUAUCAUCGGUUGUGAAUGGAAAUGGAAAAAGGUGAUGCCUGUGGUUUGUUUUGGAAAGUGAAAUUGUUUCGGUUCUUGCAUGUUGUGGCCAUUUAGUGCUCGUUGUGGAGGCUCUUCAGUGUCGUCCAUUUGCCAAAGCAAACCACGUAGUUAGAGAUUUUUCCAGCAUUUCAGACAGACAUUUCUUUCUCUGUGGGAUGGUCAUCACUCGGUUCGUCAGUAAUCAACUUGUCUUGUCCUUUUUUCUUAAGUUAAUAAUCUGAUCCUUAUUAACUAAAUAUGAAUAUAAUUUGACGGAUAAGAAUUAUUAAUGGUACUUUGUAAAUGUAAUGUAUGCAAACAACUUUAUGACUUCAUGAAGGGGCAAAACAAACAAACAAACAAAAAGAGUUUAUGCAGCUCAUUAUCUACAGUGUAACGUGGCUUUAUUCACUCUACAGAUUCUGACGUGUUUCACGAGUAACGGCAAUUUGUGCACACCCUUUCCAGCACAUUUCAGACCUGCAACCCCAUGGCUGCCUGGGUAGAAGAACUGAGUGGUUUGCUCUGGAAAAUGGACCCGAGUCUUGUUGAUUGGUGGAAAAAUGGCAGAUAUAUGCAAAAGCCAGUGUAGUGCUUCGACAAGGUGUGCAGUCAUCCAUAGGAGGAUUUUAAACGUUUGCAUUACUUGGUUGUAAGUCUUCUGUAAGCACUUCCGUAUCUGCAGUAUUGCCUGGUCGCGCUUACGUCAGGUUCCUUUUCAUCUCAGCAAGGAAUGAGAUCACCAACCACAAGGUUUUGUCUUUGUCCUUUUUUUCUGGGAAAUCUUAAUGCACUCUCAUGUAAGACAAGUCUCCUAUGGAUUCACUUGCACAGGUAAUUUUUUGUGUUUAAAGUCAGACUGACACGACUUGGUAUUUCCUUUUAUUUUUUUUUUUGCAGCAGCAAUUAUGUCCCGUGAGUAUUGAUGUAGAACUGACAAGUGUACGGUAGGUAGCCUAUCAUUACUUUCAUGAUUCCAGUCAGGUUCGAGCCUAUUACACUAGCUGUGUGACGUUAAUUUCAAGAAAUGAGAAAGGAAUUUGGAGGUUCAGUCAAAGGUUUGUGAAAUAUUUGGCUGGUAAAAGGAUCACUAUAUUGUGUACUGAUUUAAUGUUGAGAAAAGGUUGAAAUGAGAGGUACUGGGUUCUCACAAAUAUUCAUUUAGGCCCUGAGGUAUAACUGCCAUGUUAGUUGCAUCACCAAUGCCAAUAAAAGUGCCUUCUGUUUGAUCACUAGGCCUUGAGCCAAAGACGAGCAACGGUAAUAAAUAGCCUUGUAAAAAUUAAGAAUGGUAACUGCUACGGGCACUUCCGCUUGCCUUCCUUAAAAUGUAAUCCGCUGAAUUGGUAAUUCCCAAAGAUUCGACAUCCAGUUCAGAGCAAAAGUCCAUUUAGAAAUUGCCAGACAAAAUGCCCUGUCAAAAACUAUGGCCGUUCCUUUUCUUCCUUUCCUGAACUCCACUAUGUAAUUAUCAACUUUAUUUUGUUUAGCUAGGACAUGUUUGUUAGCUAAGAUUACACUUUGUUCCAAUGAUAAGAUUGUAAUGUUCUUUUUUUUUCAUCAAUAAUUAUGCCCUUUAGCUGUAUAGACUGUUAACAUCCUGGGUUAUUUUAGUAAAAAAACAAACGAAAAAAAAAACAACGUUGAGGGGUUGGAGGGCUAGGAAUCCAUGUGUCAGCAUAAAAUGUUUAUUAAAUUUCUUUGUGGAGGAAAACUUAACUGGGUUUGCUUCUGUAUUGCCAAAUAUGUUUUAAAAUGCUGUAUUUUCUUACAUGGAAAAGUGUUACGUGAAUGGUAGGAGGGUGCGAAAACAUAAUCUGUUUAAAUCCAGCUCACCUUAAGGGAAAAGUUGCGGAAAAGGUUGACAUGAAAACAUUUUUAAUUGUGUCAUUGUCAUGUGGAAAUGAUCUACCAUUAAACAUUCCCUCUGAAACUA